GCCUCACCCGCUCUCACCACCUCUGCAGGGGGUGCCAGGGAAUCAUGCAGCCGUCAGGACACAGGCUCCGGGACAUUGAGCACCAUCCUCUCCUGACUGACAAUGACAAUUACGACUCUGCGUCCUCCUCGUCCUCCGAGGCUGACAUGGCAGACAGGGUGUGGUUCAUCCGAGAUGGCUGUGGCAUGGUCUGUGCUGUCAUGACAUGGCUUCUGGUCGUCUAUGCAGACUUCGUGGUGACCUUCGUCAUGCUGCUGCCUUCCAAAGACUUCUGGUACUCCGUGGUGAACGGGGUCCUCUUCAACUGCUUGGCGGUGCUCGCGCUGUCCUCCCACCUAAGAACCAUGCUCACUGACCCGGGGGCUGUCCCCAAAGGCAACGCCACGAAGGAGUACAUGGAGAGCUUGCAGCUGAAGCCGGGCGAGGUGAUCUACAAGUGCCCCAAGUGUUGCUGCAUCAAGCCAGAGCGUGCCCACCACUGCAGUAUCUGCAAGAGGUGCAUUCGAAAGAUGGACCACCACUGCCCGUGGGUGAACAACUGUGUGGGAGAGAAGAACCAGCGCUUCUUCGUGCUCUUCACCAUGUACAUAGCCCUGUCUUCAGUCCAUGCUCUGAUUCUCUGCGGGCUUCAGUUCAUCUCUUGCGUCCGAGGGCAGUGGACAGAGUGCAGUGACUUCUCUCCUCCCAUAACUGUAAUCCUGUUGGUCUUCCUGUGCCUUGAGGGCCUCCUGUUCUUCACUUUCACCGCAGUCAUGUUCGGCACCCAGAUCCACUCAAUAUGCAAUGACGAAACUGAGAUCGAGAGGCUGAAGAGUGAGAAGCCUACGUGGGAGCGAAGGCUGCGGUGGGAAGGGAUGAAGUCCGUCUUCGGGGGCCCUCCCUCCCUCCUCUGGAUGAACCCCUUUGUGGGCUUCCGAUUCAGGCGGCUGCAGAUGAGGACCAGGAAAGGAGGCCCCGAGUUCUCCGUAUGAGCCUUCAGGGCAGGAUGUCUGCAGACAUCAUACUCAGUGGCCGCAAGCACAGCAGCCUGUGGGCAGACGGAGCCGGCCAGCAGACGGGGCCACAGGCACUUGUCAUUUCUGUGUGUACUGCCAGGAGACGCAGUCCCGGGAGGCCAUCCUGACCAUCCUGACCCAGGAUGUCUCGUGGGCCGCGAGCACCCGAGCACAGGUGCCGUUGCUUCUCAGUCAUGAAGGAAGCCAGCACAGCAGCUGCUGGGGUCCUGCUGGCCCACCCCCAGCGCACUUCUUACUGGAAGGGGUUUCCACAGAGACUCUGGCUUGGAGGGCUCUGACACCUAGCACUGAACAGUCAAAGCGGCUUCCAGAACACUCCCUGCUGCCCCAGAACGGGCAUCCUUUGACCCUUCCAGCAAGUGUGUGUGUGCUCAUCUGUGUGUCUGUGUGGCGUGUGUGCGUGAGCAUGUGUCGGAAUCAGCAGUGUUGUUCAGGCACGCGUGUGGUAGACAAGCUGUCUUUCAGACUCCAGUGUUUCAGGGAAGUGGGACGCACUGCUGGCCCUUGCUGGCCUCCUAUGAAUGUACCCUACAGUGUCCAGAUCCAAAGAACAGGCAUGCCUGCGCAUGGGCCCGGCCUCCUGCUUUUACUUCACUGAAGACUUAGUGUCUGAGGGCGUGGAGCCAAACUAGCCACUGCAACCUUCUCUCAACAAGGAAAGUGGUAGCCCUGUGCUGAGACCCAGCACUGGGGGGCAGGGGCUGUGGGGAGCUCAGCAUGAGAAGCCGCCUUGGGCCCCUUUGGAGAGGUGCUGCAGGGUGAGACAGCCCGGUGCCUGAGCUGUCAAGAGUGGGGACAUGUGACUAUUUCUCUACCCAUGGCACUUCAGUCAGUGGACCCUUGGUGUGGGCUUAGAAUUAUGUCAGCACACACAGCUCCCCUCAGGGGACUUGCCUUAAACUCGUAGGUUGUCCUUUGCUGCUGGGUGAAAGCAGUCCGACAGAAGCUGGGGACUUCCGAGAGUGUUCUCCCAUGCAGACACCAGUGUUUCCCUUCUGGGACCAGCUGCCUUUCUGUCCCCGUGACACCAUGACUGUUCUUUCGGUGUCAGUCGCUUGUGCCCUGCCCUUGUCUGGGCUCCUAUGCUACUGAGGUGAACCCGGGGGACCUGAGCCCUCUCAUGCAGUGAGCAAACUCUGGGGCCCGAGUCCCUGCAGAGGGACAUUGUGGCUUCAGAUUGUCUCUGCGUUCCUUUGCACAUGUGUCUGGGCAUGUAGGCUCUGGCAGUCUCACCCUCCAGUGUGGAGUCCGUGGCGGUGAAUCCAAGCUGAGUAUACUUGACUUUUCAAUUCCUCAGUGUGAUUUUCUAUGAAAUAAAGUAACCCGUCCACAGUU